UUAAGCACUGGAUCCUCCCCUACUCUCCCACUCUCUCUCUCACGCACACUUCUAAAUUUAUUCUAGUUCUCCAUUGUUUCAUAUAAAAAAACAACAAACUUUCAUUCUUGUCAUUUCUCUUGAAUCUUCAUACCUUUAUCUCUCUCCUUUCAUAAUUGUGUUACAAAGAUGGAUACCCUAGUGAAGUUCUUUCCAAUUUCUUGUAAAAAAGCAAUCUUUUUGGCUAUUUUUCUCUGUUGCAUGAUAACUACUUCAUUAAAGGGAGCAAAAACCUCUGUUUCUUCAUCUUCUUCUUCUUCUUCUCAUUCUGAUCAACAUGACUUGCUCACAUACUUCAAAUCCACUACUUUCCUAAAAAAUCCCAUGAAUAUAAUCCUUCAAAACCAAUCAAGAACCUCAAAAAUCACUCUUUUUACCGACUGCUCAAUCUGGACAAAAGAAUGUUCAAAUGAAAUUCUAAAAGUUGCCCAGAAAAGAGAGAAUGUUAAAUGGAUAAAAUCAGUGAGGAGAAAAAUACAUGAACAUCCUGAACUUGCUUUUCAAGAAUAUGAAACUAGUAAACUUGUUCGUCAAGAACUUGAGAAAAUGGAGAUAAUUUAUCGGUUUCCGAUGGCGAUUACCGGAAUCCGAGCAAUGAUCGGCUCUGGUCAACCACCAUUUGUUGCUCUCAGAGCUGAUAUGGAUGCUCUUCCAAUUCAGGAAGCUGUUGAAUGGGAGCACAGGAGCAAAAUUGCGGGCAAAAUGCACGCUUGUGGUCAUGACGCUCAUGUGGCUAUGCUCUUAGGUGCGGCAAAAAUUUUAAAGGCUCGUGAGAAGAACUUAAAGGGGACAGUGAUUCUAAUAUUUCAGCCAGCAGAAGAAGCAGGAAAUGGUGCAAAAAGGAUGAUAAAAGAUGGAGCAUUAGAAAAUGUAGAGGCUAUAUUUGCUGCUCAUGUUUCACAUCAACAUCCAACUGGUGUCAUUGGAUCAAGAACAGGUCCUCUACUUGCUGGUUGUGGAUUUUUUAGAGUUGUAAUUAGUGGAAAGACAGGGAAAGCUAGCAAUCCCCACCACUCAAUGGAUCCAGUACUUGCUGCCUCUGCUGCUGUUAUCAGCUUGCAAAGCAUUGUUUCUCGUGAAUCCGAUCCCUUGGAUUCUCAGGUGGUCUCAGUGACAUCUUUCAAUGCUGGAGAUAAUCUUGAUGUGAUACCAGAAACAGUUACUCUCAGUGGCACUUUCAGGGCUUUCUCAAGAACAAACUUUUAUCAGCUUCUUAAAAGGAUAAGAGAGGUAUUCACAGAACAAGCUAGUGUAUUCAGAUGCAGUGCAACAGUGGAUUUUUUCGAAGACAAGGACACAAUUUAUCCUCCGACGGUGAAUGAUGACAGAAUGUACAAGCACGUGAAGAUGGUCGCUGAGGAUUUGGUCGGAACGAGCAACUUUAAGGUCGUUCCGCCGAUGAUGGGAGCAGAGGAUUUUUCAUUUUACUCUGAAGUGAUCCCAGCAGGAUUCUUCUAUAUAGGCAUAAGGAAUGAGACAUUAGGAUCAACUCACACAGGACAUUCACCACAUUUCAUGAUUGAUGAAGAUGUAUUGCCUAUUGGUGCAGCUACUCAUGCUGCCAUUGCAGAAAGAUACCUUUAUGAGUAUGGAUCUUGAAAUAGGAAUAUUGUUUAAUGCAAUUUUUCCUCUUUUUCCUCU